ACAAUUGUACUUUUAAAACAGUUGGCACAACAUACGUGAGAUUAAAGUUUAAAAAAAAAAACAAAUUCGUAUUUACAACUUUUUCGUGACAAGUGACAACAAUCCAAAUAUUUGUAAUGACUCAACACAUUUAACACAAAUAAUGGUUUAAUCACAGAAUAGCCAGAACUAUAUUAUAUACGUGGUUGUACAGUCACCGGUGGAAUGUUCCUAAUCUGUUAACUGUAAUUUGUGAAAUAACGUUGCCCAUUGGUCAAUCCGAAUGAUAAUCAUGAUAAAAUAAAUAGCUGCAAAUACUAUAAACAUAGAUAUCUAUGAUUGACUCAGAAUUUCCCCUCCAAUAACAGUGUUUUCCAAAUUAAGAAAUCAAAAUAGCAUUAUUCUGAAACGAUGUCUACACUGAUAAUUGAAAUGUAACGUGAAAUUGAACUGAAGAUCAUCGAAAUGGCAAUCGGUAGUUAUAGGGAGGAGUUAAAAACAAUUUUAAAGGUGCCAAAUGUAUCUACAAUAAAUGCUAUUAAAGAUGUAGUAAAAGAAAAUCAUAAUUUUAAUCUCGGUGAUGCUGAUAGACGUUCAAUAUUGGAUCAAGUUUUAAGAUGUUAUGUUUUGGAUGUGGUUUUAUCCAAGCCACCAAAUAUUUAUGACCUUUGUAAGAAGUGGACAUCAUUUACAAUUGAUCUUGUGCGAAAUGAAAUGUGUACUGCCAUUAUGCCAGUAGUUAUAUUAUCGGACAUGUUCGACGUGACAACGUUGGAUUGUUGUGAGAAAAUGUUUGACCAUGUUGAAUCAAAUGUUCACUUGCUUAAGGAACCUCAGUUCUUUACAGCAUGUAAAAAUAACUUACUACGGAUGUGUAAUGAUUUAUUACGUCGUCUAUCGAGAUCCCGAAACACCGUGUUCUGUGGACGUAUCUUAUUGUUUUUAGCCAAAUUUUUUCCUUUCUCAGAAAGAUCAGGUUUAAAUAUUGUAAGCGAGUUUAAUUUGGAAAAUACGACGGAAUAUUUGAGCGAAAGUAAUUUUGAACAAAUUGAAGAUAUAAUACAAGAUUCAAAUAUAGCAGAUGAAUCAAAAACAGACUUUGAUAUUGAAAAGGUAAAUGUUAACAAAAAUCUAUAUUUGAAAUUUUGGUCGCUACAAGACUACUUUAGAAAUCCUAACCAAUGUUACAAACCAGAUCAUUGGAAAUUAUUUACAACACAUACAGAUUUCAUUUUCUCAACUUUCCAAAGUCAUAAAUUAGAACAUGUCAAUAGAAUGAAUAAUGAUAAUGUUGAACAGAAUAUGCACUACUUUCCGAAAUAUUUAACAAACCAUAAGCUUUUGGAAUUGCAAUUGAGCGAUGUCAACUUUAGGCGUUAUAUUCUUAUUCAAUUUUUGUUAUUAUUUCAAUACUUGGAUGCACCAGUCAAGUUUAAACCUGAUAAUUUCAAAUUGAAAUCCGAUCAACUUGAAUGGAUUAAGAACGCCACCAAUACAAUUUACGAUCUCAUAAUCAAUACGCCUCCUGAUGGCAUAAAUUUUUCCCAAGUGGUGAAAAAUAUAUUACAGAGAGAAGAACAAUGGAAUAAAUGGAAAAAUGAUGGAUGUCCAGAAGUCACGAAAAGACCUUUAUCUGCUGGUAAUGAAAUCGAUAUGCCAGCACCCAAAAGGAGACCUCGUAGAAAUUUGGGAGAUGUAAUGAAAAAUAUGGCUGCUAAUAACAAAGUUUUCCUUGGAGAUCCGGAUUUAACAAAAUUGUGGAAUUCUAAACCAAACAAUUUGGAAGCUUGCAAAGGUCCCGAAAGGGAUUUUUUACCAUCAUUUGAUUCAUUUUUUCAAGAAGCAUUUGAGCAACUGGAUCCUGAGCUAUGUAUCGAAAAUCAAUUUAGGAAAGUUAAUGAUGGUAAUUUUGGAUGGCGGGCUUUGAGACUAUUAGCACGAAAAAGCCCACAUUUUUUUGCUCAGAGCAACAAUCCUAUUCAUAAACUUUCUGAAUAUUUAGAAAUUAUGAUUAAAAAAACUAUGAGCAAAGAAAAACAAAACCCAGUAAACCAAGGCUCAGAAAAACGAUUGUCUCCAAGCAAAGAAAUUGAAUCAAAAAAAGAAUCUUUAACUGAAUCUGAAGAAGUUGAAAUUACCGAUGGAAGUCAUGAUGAAAAUGAAAAUGAUAAUAAUGUUGAAGUAGAAGACAAAAACAAAAUUCCAAAACAUAUUAUUGAACAAGUAGCAGCUGCAAUAGGAGAAAAAUGGAAUUUGCUUGCUGAAAAAUUUGGAUAUCAGCCAGAUGAGAUUGAAUUUGUAAAAAGUAUAAGAACUACACCAUUAGACCAAGCUUUAUAUUUAUUAGAAGUAUGGAUGUAUGACGCAGAAAAUCUUAAACCACAAGAUCUUGUUUAUAUAUUGGAAGAAAUUAAUUUAGUAGAUGCAGCUAAUAUACUCAAAUUAUAAUAUUUUAAUAAAACUAUUAAAGUUUAAUUUAAUUUUGACUACAAAUUUCCUUAAAACUUUGUUUAACGGUAAUAUUCUAAAACUAUAAGGUUAUUUCUAUAUGU